AUGUCACGAACGGGAUGGCCUGUUGCUACGCGACCACAGAAAAUUACUACUGCAUCGGUUACGCAAAAGAAGGCAAAUGAUACGCGUAAUAAUAUUGAUCGAGCUAUUAAUUUAUAUCCAUUGACGAAUUACACUUUUGGGACAAAGGAUCCACAGGCUGAACGUGACCAUUCAGUACAGGCACGAUUUCAACGUAUGCGUGAAGAAUAUGAAAAGAUUGGGAUGCGACGAUCGGUGGAAGGUGUUUUACUCGUUCAUGAACAUUCCUUACCUCAUGUACUGUUAUUACAGAUUGGUACUACGUUUUUCAAAUUGCCGGGUGGUGAAUUAAAUCCUGGAGAAGAUGAAGUUGAAGGGUUGAAGCGAUUACUUACUGAAACACUUGGGCGGCAAGAUGGUACGAAGGAUUUGUGGACUAUUGAAGACGUCAUCGGUAAUUGGUGGCGUCCGAAUUUCGAUCCACCUAGGUAUCCAUACAUUCCUGCACACGUUACAAAACCAAAGGAGCAGACGAAACUGUUCCUUGUCCAACUUCCGGAACGAGCACUUUUUGCUGUGCCGAAAAAUUACAAGCUGGUAGCUGCGCCGCUAUUUGAAUUAUAUGAUAACUCAACUGGUUACGGCAACUUGAUUGCUAGCCUUCCGCAAAUUCAAUUUUCUAUAUACGCCAUGAAACUGGGUUUUAUGGUGCAUGACAAUACGAAAAGAAGUCAGCGAAAUAUGGAAAGGACCGGAUGA